CCUCUCCAUCCCAAUUCUCCCGGAGAGAGAAGCGUUUGUAAAUCCGACCAGUUCUUCUUGUCAUUUGUCGUAUCCUGCACCUCCUUCUGAGCAAAACUUAGAUGGAUGCAGACACAGGGGAGAAGGUGAUGGAAACUGUAGAGACUAUCAAGAAUCAAUCUGAGGAAUCCAUUUCAGAAAGCAAACCCAGGGGUCGUGGGCGCAAAGGCCGUGGCCGAGGGGGUUGGACUGGCCGAGGCGGUCGGCCUGGUCGAGGAAUCAUGCGUGGUGGGCGGGGCAUGAUGAUGAAAGGCUUUGGUCCCCCUGGGUGUGGAAGGGGUAGAGGGAGGGAUGAACAUAUGAAUGGAAUUGGACCUAUGAGGAGGGGGAUGGGUAGGAUGUGGCCAUAUCCAAACUUCAGGGGCCAACGUGGAGGCAGGGGUGGACCGAUGGGCAUGGGCCCACCCCCUCCUCCCUUACCACCACCCAUGUAUCUCAGAGGUCCCUUCCCACCCAUGCACAGACCUGGUGCUCUUCCCCUUCCUCCGCUGGGUCCCCCUAGUUUCAGAGGGCGCCUGCCACACCUUCGAGGCCGAGGCAUGCUGCCCCCUGGACCUCCACGCCAUUUCCACCCCAGAGGCCCAAGCGGCUACCACAAUGGACCAGUCCCUCCUCCGCAUCGCCCCCCACCUGGCAGAGGCCAGUGGUGGCCAGGGCCCCCUGGUGGCCGACGCUUUUAACACAGCCUGCCCUAAAAUAAUAACCAAGCAUUUGUCCUUUAGUAGGGGGGGCCUACAGAGGUGUAGAGAGGGAAAAAGACCCCGAAUUAUGUCAUAAAAGGAUUUAGAAUACAUUUAUGAAACAGCCUGAAGCCAAAUGUCUGGUUAUUGAUAUUGUUUAGUGACAAAGAAAUAAAGUGAAAAUGACAGCAGUGGACACUUCAUGCCUCAUACCUUAAAAGUAUAAAGGCAUUAUUUGUUUCUUAUGUUAUCGGUGAAAUGCUCUUGGUACUGUAGGACAUCUCACAUUGUAGAGAAACCACCAAAAGAAUUGUAGUCAAAGGGCGGACAAUUCUUGUCAAAAGUUUAUUUGAUGUAAUGUGGUUCUCGUGCUGGUCACCCUGUGAGCCUUAAGACUUUUUUUUUUAAUUCAUUUAAAGAGAAAAUGGUUGACAAUAUGUGUGAGUAAACAAAAAACAAAAAAAAAUAGAAAUAAAGAGAGGAUACGAUUGCACAACAGC